AUAUUAGAUGAUGUCUUUUAAAAAACGAUUAAGAGAUAACAAUCUGAGUACUCUUAGAAAAGCAUUCCGUGUAAUCCCAUCCCAAUCCCAUGUGCAGAAAGUCUUUGGAUUCCUCUUGGUCUUUCUUGGUCACAGAAGACUUGAAUUAUCGUGGGAAUCUAAGCAUAACGUUCUUUGAAUGGGUGCCUGGGCUUCUUCCUUCCUCCCAGCUCCUCCUCCACCACCACCACCACCACCUCCUCCUCCUCUGGCUCCAGCUCCAGCAAAGUAUGACGUUUUCAUUAGUUUCAGAGGGGAAGACACUCGCCACAACAUUACCAGCCAUCUCUAUGCUGCUUUGUGCAGAGAAAAAAUUGUAACUUUCAUUGAUGAUAGCCUUGAGAGAGGAGAUCAGAUAUCAGAGGCACUUGUGAGGACGAUCGAGGCAUCAAAAGUCUCCAUUGUUGUUUUCUCUGAAAACUAUGCUUCUUCCAAGUGGUGCUUGGAAGAACUAGUCACGAUGCUCGAGUCCAAGAGAAAGUAUAGACAAAUUGUUAUCCCAGUCUUCUUCAACGUCGAUCCAUCACAUGUAAGAACACAGAAAGACACUUUUACAAAAGGUCUAGCUUGCCAUCAAGCUCAUCCCAAUAUACAAAUAUGGAAGGAUGCAUUGACAGAAGCUGCUAAUUUGUCUGGAUGGGAUGCAAAUGUCACAAAGUCUGAGGCUAAACUAGUUGAGGAAAUUGCUAGAGAUAUUUUGGAAAAACUAUACUACGCCUCUUCAAGUGGUAUUGAAGAUGGCCGCUUGAUUGGAAUAAGGUCACGGAUUGAGCAAGUUGAAUCAUUACUGAGCACUUGUUCUGGUGAUGUUCGUGUCAUAGGAAUUUGGGGCAUGGGAGGGAUUGGAAAAUCAACUCUUGCUGGAGCAUUCUUCAACCAUAAUUUCAACCAGUUUGAAGGGCGUUGCUUUCUUGCAAACGUCAGAGAAGAAUCUCAAAAGCACGGGUUGCACAAUCUACGUGAGAAAUUUCUUUCAGAAAUUCUGAAGAACGCUAUGAAUCAUCAUGUAGAUAUCGGCGCUCCUCAUCUAGGACAAAAUUCAUUCACAAGGAGCAGGCUUCGCCAAAAGAAGGUACUUGUUGUUCUUGAUGAUGUGAAUGAUUCAAAUCAUUUAGAGUUUUUAACGGGAGGUCGCAACGACUGGUACUUCGGCCCAGGAAGUAUUAUUAUCGUAACGAGUAGAGAUAAACAAGUGCUUAAGAAUGGAGUCGAUAUGAUCUACCAAGUCCAACAACUUGACCAUCAUGAAGCCCUCGACCUUUUCAGCCAAUAUGCUUUCAAACAAAGGCGUCCCAUGAGUGAUGAUCAUAUUGGAUUAUGUGACAAGGUAAUAAAAUAUGCUAAUGGUAACCCUUUGGCCCUAAAAGUCUUGGGUUCCUUUCUAUUUCAGAAGAGCAAGGAAGAGCAGGAAAGUGCACUGAAAAAGCUGGGGAGGACUCCUCGUAUGGAUAUUCAAGAGGUUUUGCGACUUAGUUAUGAUGGACUCGAUUACGAAGAACAAAAUAUAUUUCUUGACAUUGCAUGUUUCUUUCGUGGGAGAAACGUAAAUGGAGUUAUAAGCAUACUCAAUGGUUGUGAUUUCUCUACUGAAAUUGGAAUAAGCGUUCUUGUUGACAAAUCUCUUCUAGUUCUGCGGGAUGAUAGACUAGAGAUGCAUGAUCUGUUGCAAGAAAUGGGUCGAGAAAUUGUUCGCGGGGAAUCCAUCCAAGAGCCAGGGAAACGUACUAGGUUAUGGGAUUCUUGUGACAUUUCUCGUGUGUUGACAAGAAAUACAGGGACCAAGGCACUUGAAGGUAUAAUCCUGUACACUUCUUUGACGACAACGUUAACCCUACCUCCAACAAUAUUUACCAGGAUGCGUAAUCUUAGAUUACUUCGAAUUUACAAUUAUGGGUCAGAUGUGUGGAAAGUCCUCCUUCCUCGAGGCCUUGAAGUUCUUCCUCCUGAGUUAAGGUAUCUCGAAUGGUAUGCAUAUCCUUUGCCAUCCUUGCCCUCAAAUUUUCAUGCAGAGAAUCUAGUUGUGCUUAGAAUGCAAAGUAGCCAUGCUGAACAACUUUGGAACGGAAGACAGAAUCUUGCCAACUUGAAACAUAUGGACCUCAGUUUGUCGACCAAACUGACGAGACUUCCAGACCUGUCAAUGGCAACAAAUCUUGAAUUUUUGUGUCUUGAGGGUUGUAAAGCUUUGAUUGUGCUUCCCUCCUCUGUGGAGCACCUUCACAAGCUACUAUUUCUAGAUCUUAGUGAGUGCGAAAGGCUUAUAAAUCUUCCCGCAAACUUUUCUGCUUUGAAAUCCCUUGAAAUUCUUGAUCUCUUUGGCUGCUCCAGCAUCACUGAAUUUGCAGAUGCCCCAAGGAACAUCAAACACUUGGUUUUAAGUCGUACUGCAAUAUCAGUUGUUCCCUCUUCAAUAGGAUAUCUCCCUUCACUUAAUACAGUGGAAAUCUCAAAUGUUCUUCAUUUGGGCAAACCUCCCUUGUCAAUACCUAGUAGCAUUUGGACGUCAAAAUUCGUCACAAACCUUUGUUUAUCUAGAGUGGCUAUCGAAGAGUUACCGAAAAGUCUUGGCAGCUUAUGCUCAUUAGAAUUUCUAGGACUAACGGGGAACAACUUCCGGCGCAUACCUGAAACCAUCAAACACCUUACUAAGCUGCGAGUCCUUAACUUAACAGACUGCAGGAGGCUUGAAUCUUUGCCUCAGCUUCCAAUGAGUAUUAAGAGUGUGUAUGCAGAUAGGUGUACGUCACUACAAGGGGUGUCAACUCCAUUAACUACAAUCAGAGAGGCACAGUUGGUUGGGGAUCAGUCUAAAUUGUUCUCUGAGAUGCGUUUCUCUUUUACCGAUUGUUUAAAACUGGAUCGAAAUGCACGCAACAGCAUCAUGGAAGAUGUAGAAUUCAAGACUUCAUAUGUUGAAUUCAAGAAGCGGGGUUUGAACACCCAUCACGUAUGUUUCACGGGAAGUGAAGUUCCAUAUGGGUUCAACUAUAAAAGCAAUGGAUCGUCCAUAACUGCCAAGCUUCCUCCGCCUCCGAGGAAUGCUAAGUCGCUGUAUUUAGCUCUAUGUUAUUGUGUUGAAUUCAAGGACUUUCCCGACGGCUUGGAAUUGUUACUACGUUACGUUUGCCAUGUACGAUACAAAAAUGGCGACAGCUUCAAGAAGGCCCUCUCAGUAGGAUGGCACGCUAACGGAGGUGUCAAAUUUUCCAAUUCACACCAUGUCUUUUUGAGGUACAAGGAUAUUGAAAUUGAAAUUGAAGCAGACCACAAUGUUGAUGAGAUUACAAUUAAAUUCAUCAACUUGUCUCUCAACUUUGAGCCAGAUAAGGCAAAAUAUCAUGGCAAGGUUAAAAAGUGUGGGAUCCAUUUGAUGUACAGUACCGGUACCUACGGUGACCAAUUAUACUUGAAUCAAGGCGUUGUGGAUGAAGAUGUUACAGAAGCUAUGAUAGCAGAAGAAUAAGCUGAAAAUGGAGGAUGCUUUAAUGGGGGCAAAACGCGUAGAGGAUUCAGUCCGGAUGAGGACAAAGAUGAACUGGACGCUAAGAGAUUAAAACUUAUGGUUUGAUCCAGAUCUCCAUAUUAUGCUUCAUUUGUAUACAUAAAUAUGUUCAUACCCUAUAUAUGUGUAUAUAUAUGUAUGCAUGUACUUU